UACGGCUCUCGUGUUAUGAACUGAGUUCAAAUUUCGCGCGUCAUUCACUUUACUGGUCAAUAUAGUUCGUCAUCUUUCUUGAUUUAGAAUGGGGAGUAGUUUGAAAAAGAAAUGUCAGAUUUGACACAUCACAAAAGUUCUAAAAUCUCUGGUUCUAGCUCGUUAUAGGUUAUGUUUGGGGUCAAUUACGUACAUCAAAACAGUGGUUGUGUUAUUAUGAGAUUAAAAUCGGUAAUUAUUAUUCUGAGUCUUGAAUAAUAAUUUUUUUACUCUGUUGUGAAAGUAGCAAAAAGCAAAAUGUCUGCACCACAGCAUCACUUCAUCCCGGGCCUGAACAAUUCCCAACAAGGGGCCCUAAGAAAUCAAUUUUCGACCUCAAUGCAGAACCCAAUGGGCAACACCAUGCAAAGUCAACUAGGAAACCAGAUGCCGGUUCAUAUGCAAAACACAAUGGGUAACCAAAUGAGCAAUCCUAUGAUAGCACAGAUGGCAUCCACUUUAAACAGUUCUGGUCUGAACCCAGCCAUGCAGGGCAAUAAUCAACUUCUGGGUCAACUGAACCAACAAUAUGCAAUGAAUCCGGGAAACCAAAUGGCACAGCAUCAGGGAGCUAAUCCUCUACAAAUGCAGCAGGGUUCGAUGGAGUUCUCAAGUAAUUUACAGCAUCAUGCUAUGCAGACUAAUCAGUCACAAGUUAUGCAACAAACACCCACAGGAGUAGCCCCGACACCUCCAGUUCAGGCUCAACAACAGCAACAGCAGUCUAAAGAGUUUAAUACGGCAUCUUUAUGUAGGAUAGGGCAGGAAACUGUGCAAGAUAUUGUUAGUAGAACACAGGAAGUUUUUCAAACUUUAAAAACAAUACAGCCUCCUAAUGGAACUCCACAAUCUUCCAAUGCUAGUAAUGAAAAGAAAGCAAAGGUGCAGGAGCAGCUUCGUACCAUAAGGGUUUUGUUUAAAAGGUUAAGGCUAAUCUAUGAGAAGUGUAACGAAAAUUGUCAACUUCAAGGAAUGGAAUAUACACAUAUUGAGAGUUUAAUACCUUUUAAGGAUGAACAUGAUCCUAAACAUGAUGAGAAAAAGAACUCUGAGGCUUAUAGGUUAGCCUGUGAAGAGUGCAAAGAAGUAAUGGAGCAAGUUAUACUGAAAAACAAACAACUAAAAGAUGUUAUUGAUCACUUAAGGCGAAUUAUAUGGGAAAUUAAUACUAUGUUAACAAUGAGAAGGUCAUAGUUUAUUUGUAUAAAAAUAAAUGUCUUUUUAUUAA